AGUGUGAGCUGUGGGGGUGAGUACUGGGUCCCACCACCCAUGUGCCCUCCUCCUGUCUCCACCAGCUCCUGCCGCUCAAUGAUUAGAGCUCUGUUCCCUCUCUCUCUCUCUAACCCAAAACCCCAAAGAGACACACACAACAACAACCAAAAAAAAAAACCUAUCUUUCUCCAUACAGACCUUAAUCAAGCUCACCCCCCAUCCCCCACUACUAUUACUGAGUAAAGAUUGUGAAUUGACGAAGAGGGUAAGGCUGAGGGGUCACUACAGAAUUGGCUUUACUUAUUCCCCUCCCAGCUUUUUUCUUUUCUUUUUCUUUAUAAUAUGUCGAAUUCAGACGUCGGAGCAACUAACGGCGUCAAUAAUGGAGCUUUGAUUGACCCUAACCAGAGGCAGCAACAACAGCAGCAACAGCAGCAGCCACAGCAGCUAACGGCGACUAAUGGAGCUUUAGUUGUGAAGAAGCCACCUUCCAAGGACCGUCAUAGCAAGGUUGAUGGAAGGGGACGCCGCAUCCGCAUGCCGAUCAUUUGUGCCGCUCGUGUUUUCCAGCUUACCCGUGAGCUUGGCCAUAAGUCCGACGGUCAGACCAUCGAAUGGCUCCUCCGCCAGGCCGAGCCCUCUAUCAUCGCUGCUACAGGGACUGGUACAACCCCUGCCAGCUUCUCCACCGUCUCUGUUUCCGUACGCGGCAGCGCCGGCAACGGGCUCGGCGGAGUCUCAGCCUCUCUUUCUACGUCUUCGGGCAAUUCUGGGUCGCUUGAGCACAAGCCCUUGCUGGGUCCCACGCCGUUCAUACUCGGAAAACGCGUGCGCCCAGACGACGGUGUCGGUAAGGAUAAUCACGACGGUCAUGACGGUGUUUCGGUAGUCGGAGCCAUGGGGUCCAUGGUGGGGUCUGCCACGACUGCGCCCGGAGGAUUCUGGGCCCCACACUUCGGACAAGUCUGGAGCUUUGCGGCGGCACCACCUGAUAUGCAGCCGUCGGUCUCGCAGCAACCUUUGUUUGUCCAGCAGCAGACGAUCGGAGAGGCCUCGGCGGCGAGAGUGGGAAAUUACCUUCCUGGGCAUCUGAAUUUGCUAGCUUCGUUAUCGGGUGGACAAGGAAAUUCUGGUCGUAGGGAAGACGAUCCUCGCUAAUUCGAGUCUCCAAGCUCUCUAGUUAUGGCGGCGGCGGCGGUGUUUAUCGUAUAUAUAAAUAUGUGUAUGCUUAUAUUGCUUUUCGUGUGCGGGGGGGUUUGAGAGAUUUUUUCUUCUUCGCUUCAGUUAAUUUAGGGUUUAGAGUUGUAUUAGCUUUUGUUGGGGAAGAAAAACAAUUUAGGGCUCGGUUGAAAUUCGGGGAAUUUAAGCCAUGUAUGAAUGAAUUCAAUUAGGAUUUAGGAGUUCCAAUUGUUUAUUAGGAUUUUGCAGGGGUUUUUGAGGAGAAGAGGGAAGGAGUUUAGAAGAAUUAGAAUUCUUAAGAUGGAGAGGUUUGUUUCAAUUAUCACCAUUGUAGCUGGGAACUAGGUUUUCCUUCCCUUUUUUUUUUUUACCUAAUUUUUUUUAGGAAAAUUCCAUUGGUCAAGAAACACAUUUGGGAUUUUCAACAUUUCGGAGCUAUAUGUGAAAUCAGCUCAUUAUCGUGAAGAUGAAGUUAAUUGCCAUAUUGGCAAAAGCUCAUUUGGUUGAGCAAAUUGGGUGGUUUUGAUGUUUGAGCUUUGAAGUUGGUAUGGCACUACUGUUUUGAAGAUAUGUCGUUUGUGGAAAUGUCUCUUCUACAAAUAGGGUCUCCCUGGAAGCUUUAAUUUGGUCACUGAAGCCCAUAAUAUCCACAUGCUGAAGAAAUUGGAGUUUUUCACUUGUGGUUGUAGUAGUACAGAAUUGGUUUGUGCGCUUUUAACAAGCUCCUAAACUAAAUUCUAGAUUUUGUUGCUGAAAUUCCCCUUGCAAAUUUCAAUGGUGAAGAACAAACAGAAUUGGCAGUUCAUGGUGAAUGCUUUUCUCUCUCGCUCUCUCUUUCUCUCUUUUCCGCUUUCAUAUGCUCUUUGUUGUUGGUCUAAUGAAUAAUGAUAUUAAAAAGGUGACUGGUGUGUGUGAAAGAUAAGAUAGAAAGGAAAGAAAAUAGCUCUUGCUCCUCUCUGUAAUACCACUGUUUUUUCUUUUUUUUUUGGGAAAUUUGGUCCGUAUUCCUUUAGCCAUUUCUUAGAUUUAUCAGCGUGAAGAAAAAUAAUAAUGUGUUUAUUGUAUGUGAGUGGAUUGUUUUUGGGUGCAAUGUGGUGUGAAUAAAAAAAACCCAUCUGUUCUUUUC